UUCCAAACUCGCCUCUUACGCCUCUUCGCCAUCCGAUGCGCAUGGACAAUUCCAGAAUGAACUCAUUUUUGGAGUACACAAUUUGCAACCGGGGAACGAGCACUUACCCCACAAAGUCUGGAUACCAUCAUUUGGAUCAGGCUUACUCGAGCCCCUUUCAGUCCGGUGACAGCUAUAACGCUGAUGGACGAGUUUACGUAGGGGGCAGUGCGCCGGCGGCCACGGCACAACAUCAGCACCAGAGUGGAGUCUAUGCGCAUCACCAGCACCAAAAUCAAACCAGUGGCAUGGGCCUUUCAUCUUAUAGCAGCACAGGCUAUGGAGCGCACGCUUCCGCCACCCCGGACUACGGCCAUCAGCAGUAUUUCAUGAACCACGAACAGGAUGGAAUGUAUUAUCAAUCUUCUGGCUUUGUUGCUCCAAGUGUCGGUGGUAAUUACGGGUCCUUGGCCGGUGCGUAUUGUAGCACGCAGGGAACAGUUCCGGCGGCGCCAUAUCAACACGUGAACCGCUGCGAAGGCCAGGACCAAAACCUCUACGGCCAGGGCACAUAUGCCGACAUAUCAUCAUGCCAGCAGAAGGAGACAGGGUCGGAUCAAAUGCCAGGGAAGACCUUUGACUGGAUGAAAAUUAAAAGGAACCCUCCUAAAACUGCAAAAGUGACAGAGUACGGCCUGGGUCCACAAAAUACAAUCCGUACAAACUUCACAACAAAACAGCUUACAGAGCUCGAGAAAGAGUUUCACUUUAGCAAAUAUCUGACACGAGCUCGCCGGGUGGAAAUCGCUGCCACGCUUGAACUGAACGAGACACAGGUGAAGAUUUGGUUCCAGAACCGACGAAUGAAGCAGAAGAAACGUGAAAAGGAAGGACUCGCUCCCACAUGCUCCACAUCUAAGGACUUUGACGAAAACUCCGAUAAUUCUACAACAACAUCUCCAGGCACGUCUCCAAGUCCCGAGACCUAACGCAAUUACCGGGACUUAAGGUCCUAAUAUGAACUCCAGGUCUUUAUAAUACAAAUUAAUAUUUCCUUAAACAUUCCAAAUCGUGUCGAACAGACCUUCAUAUUGAAAUGGGACACAAGCUAUACAUUUGAACUUACCUUUGACCUAAAGAGGGGCUAACAGUUUGUCCUGCAGCAACAUAUGUGGAAUAAAUUUAGAUAAGUUGUUUACAAUUUUAAGGCGAAUUCAGGGACCGCUAAUUCCGUCUUUCAUACAAAAGUCGGUAAUGCACUUUUAGCAUGUUUACAAGUCUCUAAAUGGACCUUUCAAUUAGAGGGAGUCUAUAAGGGCAAAAUAAUAACUUUUAUAUGGCUGUUUCUUUUUUUUGUGAGUAUGUAGAUAUACGUUAGUGAAUUGUUUAUUGAAAGUAGGCUAUGUACUAAGGUUAAAUCGGACCGUUUGCACUAUGCGGUUACAGGGUAGGCCUUCACGCCACUGAUGCACCUCACAGUUACAGUUAUUACUGUAAUCCAAACUACGACUGAAUGAAUGAUAUUAUUUUUAUUCCUUGGUGCAUAAUUUUAAAACGUAAACCAGACCACAAAGUUCUAUGUAUUUAACGAUUCAGGAUUUUUAUAACAUGGGAUAUAUCUAUAUUGUAGCCUUAUUUCAAUUUCACGCCACGGACAAAAGUUUUUGAGACUUGUAGAGUGCAGUUGUUUAGGAUAAAUACAGGGUUAAUUCGUACUUUUCGUUAUCCAAAACCUUUAGAUAAUGAUAUAUAUUUUGUGGUGUAAACACAGACUGGCUGAGUUUUAUUAGUUUGUCUGUAUGUUUUAAGGAAAGUCUUAUUUCAAAUAUGUGUCUACCUCAAAUAAUAAUAAUUAAUAAUAAAAGUAUUUUUUACUGAUUUACUGUGCUCAGCAAAUUUUAUUUUCUAGCUCUGU